AAUCCUCAUAUGUCAACGGCGAAAGCUCGACGCGCGACGUUCCAACAUUAACAUCGUGUGCACAAUAUUAUUAUAAUAUAAUAUCAAAAAUCGAGUCGUUACAGUAAUAAUAUUAUUUUCUCCGAUAGAACUGACGAGCCAAAGUCCGAGCGAAGCCCACAAACCUAAAUAAUUCUUAACUGACCAGUGUUUAUAGAGGCGAUCACCGCAAUAAACAUCGUAAGCGCCAUCGACCCGCAGCGACCUGUCCCGACAUGAGCCCUGGCGGCGACGCGAUGGCGGCGGACGCGAUCACUGUAGGCGGUGGCGCCGGCAGCAGCCUGUCCGACCUGUUUGCCGGUUCACUGGCCGGCGUGGCCGUUGUGCUGGUCGGCCAGCCACUGGAUACCGUCAAGACCAAGCUGCAGACGUUUCGCGGCCUUUACUCCGGGCCCGCGCACUGUCUGGCGCACACAUACCGGAAGUCCGGUCUGCGUGGCCUGUACGCCGGUUCUUCACCGGCCAUGGUGGCCGGUGUGGCCGAGAACUCGGUGCUGUUCGCGUGCUACGGCCUGUGCCAGCGCGCGGUGGCCGCGGUCACCGGGGCCCGGGACGCCAAGCAGAUGGACGCGCUCAGCAACGCGGUGGCCGGAUGCGCGGCGUCCGUGUUCUCAUCCGUGGUCCUGUGCCCUGCCGAACUGGUCAAGAUCAAGCUUCAAGCUGGUCGUGAGCUGGCCGAAUCCCGCGGUCAGCGGUUCCAAGGUUCCGUGUACCGCGUCACCAAGGACAUCGUGAGGCACCAUGGCCUUGGAGGUCUAUUUCGUGGACUGGAGAUGACAGUGGCCCGGGAGAUGCCCAGCUACUUUUGCUUCUUCGGAGUGUACGAGGCGGUCCGGGAGGCGCUGAAACCGGCUGGUCGAACCCGUGCCGACUGCGGCCUGCUGGCCACUACGGUGGCCGGAGCUGCGGGUGGUGUGCUUCUGUGGACGGUCACGUUCCCGGUGGACGUGGUCAAGUCUCGGAUACAGCUGGACGACGCGAUGCCCACGCGCGGCUGGACCAUGUGCAUGUUGCACGUAUACCGGAACGAAGGCGUGGUCGCACUGUACAGCGGCCUUGCGCCGACGCUCGUCAGGUGCGUUCCGUCGUCCGCCGUGCUGUUCCUCGUCUACGAGUACACCAAAAAGCUGUUCGACACGUAGGUCAGGAGUUCUGGGGUGGCAUGGGAGUACGUUCCGGAAAAUACCUAUCAUUGGGAAUGGGUUAUCGAACUUAUCAAACUCUCAAACACCCGGCAAACUUCAUGAAAUUCGAGUUUAAAGUUCGAUUAAAAUUAAUGUUCGAAACCGAAUGCUAUUUGAACUCAAACGUUUCAAACAGUUUGAGAAAAUUCAAGUUUGAUAUCGAUACUAUUAUAAAAUAUAUAAUAAUAUCUACCUACCUAUUUUUUUGCACAUUAAAUUGUGUACCAAGAACGUUAAUAAUUAAAAUAGGGUAUAUUUUUUGUUUAAAAUUAAAACGGACUUAUGAAUUAAAUAGUCUAAAGGUUGAAAGUGCAAAAUGUUAAAUGAAUUCAAAAGAAAUAAAAUGAAUUUGAGUUUGAGUUUGAUCUUGAACAACGAAAAAAAACGAAAUUCAAAUUCUAGUUCUAACUUAAAAGCUCGACCCAUGCCUACCUAUAAUACAUAAUACUAAUUAUUAUUAUACUUGAAAUGUUGUCCGAAUAUGGAAGUGCAGUGACGAUUCGGGCGGCUUUAUGUAUUGGUGGAUGCGAUGAAAAUACCUAUGGUUAUUAUUUUCGACGAUGAUCGAUUUUAAGAUUUUUUUUCAAUACAUGGCACUCGUUUAUGAGUAUGUACCUAACGUUUUAUUUCUUAAAAAAACAACAUAAAAAAAUUACGCCAUAUUUAUCCUUAUAUAUCCUCGUAGAUACGGCGUCAAUAUUUAUAAUUGUUUUUUUUUUUACAUUUUUAGCAAUCUAAGAUAAAACUCAUAUUUAUUAUUACUGUGUAACUUAUGUCCAUAUUAUACCUUAGCAGUAGUCAGCUAUAGUAGGUAACUAAAGUUAAUUCUUGAGAUUAUAAAAAAUAGACCGACAUCUAGUUAUAGUUUUUUUUUUUGCAUGUAAAUUUCUUCUAUUUAUCACAGCUGUAUUUUUUAGAAAAUGUGUGUUAUAUAAAAGAAGCCUAUACUUUUAAACCUAUAUUAUUAUCAUAGUAAUGUUAUCUAAUUUGUAAUUAUAAUAAUAUUGAAAUCACAUUA